ACAUCUGGAACAAACUGAUUUUGUAUUAUAGAGGUAAGGUGUAAACUUGUGUACAACACCAGGAACAAUCUGAUUUUGUAUUAUAGAGGUAAGGUGUAAACUUUUGUACAACAUCUGGAACAAACUGAUUUUAUGUUAGGACUAGCAAGCAUCUUCAAUAUGCAUGUGUUCAUGUUACUUAUUAUACUUUGAAUAUAUAGGUCAAACUUGAAGAAUUUCCACCUCAUGACUUUGUGCUGGUACUUGAUUACUGCUGUGGGACAUGCCACAAAGGACUUAUAUUUUUGGUAUUUCUUCAUGGUGAAAGAAUCAAUUACAAUUUUAGGAAAGGAUAUAAUCUUUUGAAACAUACGUUUAAGUCACCAGUUCUAAUUCUUAGUCCACAUCGGCUGUCUAGCUAUCACUGUACCAUCAAUCUGACAGAGUGAGACAAGGGAAGUAACUCUAAUAGAUCAGAAUGACCUGCUCUGACGAGAAGUGGGUUUAUGCUAUAUAAUGCUCACCUACUCAAAAACAAGUGAGUUAAUGUCACAACUGCUAGCUAGCUUCUUAAUUAUUAAUUGUUCUUUAGUUUUAUGGACAUUCUGUUAGGUGCUACUGUGUAAGUUGUAUUGGAAAUGUAUUUGAUUAAAACUUAUUACAAGAAGGAUAGAAUUAGUGGUUAAUAUUGGAAAUUUUUUUUUUGUCUGAAUGCAGAAAUUAAGAACUUUUGUCAAAAGCAGUUGGCAUCCUAUGCAUACAAUUUUCCUAUAUAAAUAGAAAUACCUCUAUCAUUUCAUUUCUAAUGACUUAAUUAGAUUUUGACAAAAAUUCAUUUUGGAGGUGAUGAUUUUGAGGUAAAAAGUCUUGAUUCUGCAUGCAUGAAUUAAGGAUGCAUGGCAUUACUUAGAAUAAGGAAGUUUGUAGGCCUAAGGGGUGUGCCAUUUGGUUUUUAGCUUAUUUGACCCAAAGGACAAAGUGAACUUAUGCUUUGAUGCAUGGUGUCUGUAUAAUGACAUCAAUUUUACCUUUAAACAACUUUUCCUAAUCUAAAAGCCCUAGAAUAAAGAUAUUUGGCUGGAAUGCUACUUUGAUGAUUCCUGAAAAAUAAAACAAAUGCCCUUAACCCUUAUUCAAGGUCGCAUUGUUAAUAUCUAAAAAAACAUCCAUUCAAACAACUGCUUCUGAUUAAUUAAAAAGGCCUGGAAUAAAAAAAGGGCUUGUAUGUUAAUUUCUAGAAUAAUUGUUGACCUAGACCCAUUAUUGAAGGUCACAAUUAAGGGUUAAAUUUGUUAAAACAUCCAAACCACUUCUUAUUUAAAAUAAGUUCUUUGUCUGGAAAUUCCUUGGAUGACACCCAAGAAAUUUUGUGGAAAUUAGAAAUGACCUUCAGGGCACAGGUGUCAAAUUUGUUGAAACAUUCGUACAAAUUACUUCUUAUUUAAAACAAAAAUGCCUACAAGCAAGAUAUUGGGGUGAUAUUCUGGAAUGACGGCUGUCAAAGUUUGCAAAAGGAAAUGCCUUAAUCCCUUCUUCAAGGUCACAGGGGUCAUUUAAAACACUCAAAUUCCUAUGGUUUUCCAAAAUGCCUAGAAUAUCAUUAAUAUGCGACAAGUAGGUUUCUGGGAUGAUGCCCAAGAACAUUUGUGAAAUGACCUUGAUCAAAGUAGGGAAUACCAAGUGAAUGAUGCAGGCAGGUUGGGCCUCUUGUAUAUUGCUUACCAUCAUAUCAACAGCUAUUAAUUCUAGGAGAACCUUCCUUGUUUGCAAGCUGCAUGUGUGAGGUGAGAGUGUGCAUUUCAGUAGGCUUUGUGUUUGCCUCCAACUGUGAUAUUGCCCCCCGAACUGCCAACCUUAUAUUGGGUAAUUCACAGAUGAAAAAUGUUUUAAAUGAAAUGUAAGAGUACAUAGGAUAGUCUGCAUGUUGCUAUAACUGAUACCACUGCAUGAUGUCCACUUAAAGGUCAAGGUCAUACAUAUAACUCCAGAUUAUUGCUUAAUUACUGCAUUGUUAUAUGGUGAUUGUUAUAUCUAGCCUCUUCUUUAAACUUCUUGAAUUUAGUCCUCAAACAAGUGAUCCUGACAGCAAUAUUAUUCUCUGAUACUCAGUUGAAGGUCAAGGUCAAACAGUUAAGCUCAAGGUCACAGCUAGCUACAUACAUAGUCGAUGGGUAAAGUUAACAUGCGUAUAUAUCAUAAUUACUUCACAUACCAGCUGACUGUUAUAAUUUUUUACCGGACUUAGCAAAACCAUGGAUUUCAAUUCCAGUAUGGGCAAUGAUGGGCAAGUUUCAGGAAAAUACAUCGAUAGAAUCUUGUUGAAUUUGGAGGUCAUGUAUGAGUUCAGCAUCACAAAUGCUUAAUCUAAUUUACAUAUUUUAAACCAAAAAUUGUAUAGAAGUCGUUCCACAUUUCCCUCAGGGACUCUGCUGUUGGCACAUGUAUGUAUACAUUUGGAGCUAGGACUACACAUAUUUUCAUAAAAUAGAAAAUGUUACCAUACACAAACGUAUACACACAAGUAUAUAUACACACAUUUAUUGAUUAAUUAAGGAUAAUUAUUAAUAAAAUCUUAAUUCAAGAUUUUGUCAUUCUUUUUCAUUUUUAAUUGAUACAAUAAUAUAUCCAAUAAUAUUGAAAGAUUGAUCAAUAUUCCAUAUGAUACCCCUAAUAAAAUCAGAGAAGUAAACAUCUUUAUAUUAAGCUGAAUUUGUCUGUGGAAUACUUUUAAAAAUUAAAUUACUGCUGAAAUCAUUGCAGUAUAGGUAAUUUUUUAAUAGAAAAUAGAAAAAAAAACAAUGUUAGCUUGAAUCAUUGUAAUAUGUAUUUGAUAUUUCUACUGCAAGACAUCAAAACAAAAAUUGUAAGUCUAUCUUUUAAAAAACCCUCUCUUGUGCCUCAUGGUAAUUGUGACCCUUUGACCUUCGAUCAACCGCGGUAUGAUUGGUCAGUGCUUGCAUUACUAUUUACAUAGUUUACCGCCAUAAUGAAAUCCCAUGGUGUACAUUUCGUCAUAAAAACACAUGUAAGAAGACGACCGAAGAUUAGCAUUAUAGUUUGAUAUACUUAUAUCUCAACGAUGUAGCCAGGAAGAAUGUCAGAACCACAGUCUGGUGGCCUGGUCCAGAACCUCCCAAAAAUCAAGAAACAGUCAAGUAAAGAUAACGUUCGAAAUGUGGCGAUAAAGAGUCGCGAUGCCCAGGACAUUGUUAGUACAGCCCAACAUUCCUAUCUGGAUAGUCAGUACAAUGGAUGGGAGAUCACCUCUGUCCGACUCAUCACCAAUAAGGAACUCGAUGAACAGUACAGAACCAAAAGGGCAGAGCUGAAGGAAGAUGGCCGACACACGAGAGAUGUUCAAGAUCAGUUUGCUUUCUUACUUGUGAAAGAUGACAAAGUGGUCAAUCAAAUCACACAGUAUGGACUACGUGCCCGAGAGUCUUCCUUCAAUGCCUUGGGAGACAGUAAGAUGGGUGUGCAUGUGUGUCGACAUGCAGACGUACAGCUACGGCUUGCGGAGAUUUGGGGUCUGGACGGGUGUAACAUAGUUAUCUUCAAGGUAAUCCUUGGCAAGUGUAAGGUUCUGAGCACACAAGGAAAUGCAUCAGAAAGUAUGGAGCCCACACCCAACUACGACUGUCAUAUCAGUAAUACUAAACCUAAAGUUAGUGACUCAGUCACGAUCCAGGCAGCACGGUCACAGAUUUUCUUAUACGAGUAUAAUGAGGACUGUGAGAUCGUGGAGAGGCCCCGUCAUUGUAUUCCACACGCCAUUGUGACUUACAACUGGAAGUCCUCCAGUGUCACAGAACCGAAAGCCAAAGGCUACACGUCGGAGAAAUCGUCUGGAUACAGCCGAAGUCUCAGUAGAUCUGCUGACAAUGUCCGGUCCAAUAGACCGCGUCUACUUCUACAGCCGGACAUCAACCUGUCGCCAGCCACUGUGACAUUGACCAGACAGCCAUCAUGGCCAGCGAAAAUUGUGACAGAGGGGGAAGGUCAGCCUGGCCAGACACCAGCGCGAAUACAUCAGAGGUCUUUUUCAAAUGAGACAACCCUGCCUGCAAACUACAGGAUGGGACAAGAUCAACAAAUGUCUUCUCAUCUUGGAUUAAACAAUGUGGAUGUUUAUCAGACCAGAAAAGAUCCUCGCAUAAGGAGGAAUAGUGCACAAGAGUUGGAGGAACUCAGUGCACAAGAUGUGGACUUGAGACCAAAUCGAGGGGUUAGUCAGGAUUUCGAUGGUAGAAUCCUCCAGGUAGCUGAAUACAAUUUAAUUGCAAAUCAGUCCAGCCUUUUAACCGACAGCUCACAGGAUUGGUUUGAUAACUCGGCUGAAACUGACAUGUCUUUUUCCUCGCUGGAUGUUGAUUAUCGCAAAAUGUACAGUAGUCAAACAGAACAAGUGUCGAGUGGGACUGGUGAUGGAAACUAUGAAACCUAUUCUACUGUAGGCCGCAGACUGUCACAAGGCAGUGCUAGUAAUGAUCCCAGACUUAAUAGGGCACAGACUCGAACUAUCUCUUCCGACUCUCAACUGAGUGAGGAAGGUCAAACAGGGGGAGAUAACUCACAUAGUGAUAAUUCCUCUGUUCAGAAGAAAAAGGUGAAAACUCAGAUUUCUCUAGCAGCAUACAAAGCUAGAAAAAAACAAAUUGAAGAUUCAAAAGUUUCUGAGUUUAGUUCUGCAGAAAAUCCUUUGGUGUCAAACAUCAAUAUGGAUAUAGAUAAUUUGAAAACCAUUUUACAGACUACAAACUCAGUUACAGAUAAUUCAAGUGUACCGACUCCUGUUGGGACAUUAAGCACUGCUGAAGCAUCACAAAUUCUUGACAAGUUUGAAAGAAUACCAGAUGUUCAAACUCAUCUUGCAAAUUUUGAUGUAUCAAAUUUGAAAAUGAUUCUUGAAACCGCAAAAACACCAACAGAAACUCCAACUUCCCCAGGGUUUACCUCCAAUGAGAUGGUAAAGACCUCUGAGAAAAAUGGAUCGGAAUCAAAUUCAGUUGAACAAAAUUCUACCCAUGAUGAAUCUCAAAACACAGUAUCCGAACAAACAAGAACUGAUCCAAAUGAACAAUUAGUGUUUUUUUCAUCAUUGAGGGACAAAACAGAAGAUGAAAUAAUCUUUUUUCCAAAUGUUAAAAGUGAAGUGAAAGACAAAUCCAAAGAUCAAGGCACUUCUAGUGCAAUGAUGUCCAAAGAACAAAAACAGUCAAAUGUGAAAGAUGACAAUCCCUCACUUCCUGAAACAAAAUCAGGAGGAGAAUUUGUGGUUGAUGAUUCUUUUUUCUCUCGUGUGAAAUCUGAAGGAGAGUUUUGCUCCGACAGAAGCAAGAUUCCUGGUCUUAGUGCCAGCCCAUCUGAGGAAAGUGAAAAUAUGGAUGCUGACCUUGUAAAAUCGAACAUUCCAAGUGGAAGUUCAAAUGUGUCUGACAGUAAGUCUGAUAUCAGUGGCAUAGUAGGGGAGGCAAAAUCCCCACAGAUAACUGUUAAAUCUACACCUAGUAAAGACAUAGGUAAUCACUCGUUAGGUGAAGGGCUUGACAACAAGAUUUCGCCGAUCCAGCGUACUGAUCUGGAUGAUUCAGAUCUGGGCACCAUCUCCUGUGAGGGCUCGUUGGAGUCCAGCCAUGCAUCUCUGAGUAAGCCCUUGAAUUCUUCUCCAAUCAAAUCCUUCAGUGAAUUUCAUCAUCUCACACCAAAGCAGCUAAAGGCUUUCAUUGAGUCCCAGACCCAGCUAAUGAAACACUACAAAGAGCCGCGAGAACAAAAGGCUGCAGUUGACAAGGAAUCACCCGAAGAGAAAAAGAAACCAUAUAUACCAAAAAUUGGAACUGCGAUAUCACCUUUAACCAUUUCCAGUGAAAGCAGCUCCCAGAAAACUAUAGAGACCGGCGACAGCCAAAAGUCCUAUCUGGCUGAUGUUUCAAGUCAGGAAAGCCCUAGUGUAUUCAAAUCAAAACCCAAGAUGAAACCCAAAGCCAAGCCUAACAAAGACAUGAUGGGUUAUCGGAGGAGACGUCGCCGUAAAAAAACAAAGAAAACAGAUGUUGCAGAUGAUAUGGACCCCGAAAACAUUAGUAUUACCAGUACAACAUCCUCGGAAUAUCUUUGGCAAGAUGAGAACUUUGACCGGCUAUCAGACAGGAGCUGGGUUACCCCAACACCCUCAGAGUGUGCCGAAUCACGUCACUGUCGUCCAAACAAUGCCCAGUCACUAUCAGAUUAUCAACUGUCCCAUUGGACACAGGCUGCGACACGUCCAGACUUUCAACCUAGAGUAGUGCUUACCGAUGUCCGAAAGCGGACUCAUUCUGUAUCAACAGAAAGUGAAGUAUCAUGGAAAAUCUCCAGCACAAACAGUACUAUUGAGUUGGAACAAGAAACGGGGCCUGCCAGUGGUAAGGAUCUCCAGUUAGACACAGAUGAUAUGUACACCAAACAUACAGAGGAGAGAGUGAAACAGUGGAUACAGGUAGCCAGGAAGAAAAUCAAACUCACACUCAAACCAGUCAAAAAAGAUGAGGAUGAAAAAUCUGAAAAACUGAAGGAAGAGGCUAAUAUUAUACCAGUUCUGAGCAGCAGUCAAAGUAAAGAGCCCAGUUCUCCAGUCAGACAGGACCAUACAACAGAGAAUAGGCCAGAAGAUAAAUCCAGCUACCAGGUCCCUGAUGUGAAGUCCGAGUAUCCAUCUGUCACUGAAUCUUCAGUUUCUGUCCCGAUAUUGGUACCAAGUUCUGAAUAUCUUCAAAGAGAUCCACCAGCUGUCUCUCAUUAUAUUGAAUCAACAGGGUCCUAUGUUGCACCAUCCUCAACAUACAAUCCUGCUGUGACUGCCUACGAUCCUACUGUGACAGCCUACAAUCCUACCGUCACAGCCUACAAUACUGCAGUAACGGCCUACAAUCCUACCGUCACAGCCUACAAUACUGCAGUAACGGCCUACAAUCCUACUGUGACAGUCUACGAUCCUGCAGUAACGGCCUAUAAUCCUACUGUGACAGACUAUGACCCUCCUGUGACAGCCUACAAUUCAGUUGUAUCAACAUACAACUCAUCAGUCCCGUAUCCUUCACAUACUGUAGCAGCCAGUGUGCCUAACUCAGUAUUUGCCCAGCCUCCUUUGGGAACCAGUCUCCCCCAAGCUUUGUCUUAUACCCCACAUACAAUAGCUACCACCUUGCCAAUGUCUGCUUAUGCACCACAAAUGUCUGGAGUCACUGUUCAAUCAUCACCUUAUCCACAAUCAGGGGGUGCCCCAAUGAUACCGCCCUGUAGGCUGCACCAAGACACUGGACAGGGUCCACUGGCUUCCCCUCUACAGCCACCUGGUCCUAGACCGCAGAUGCCUCCAGGUCCUGGACAUUUGCAUCCUCCUCCUCCAGUUCAUGUUGAUAUGAAUAUGCAUCCUCAAAGACCAUCCUCAUUUGAUCCACGACUCCGAAAUACACAAGGCGCUUUACCAAGAGUAAUAAAUGAGCAUGCCCCAAGACAUCAAGCCCCAGUGACUGUUGGUGAUGUGGGACGACCACCUAAUUCUAACUUCAUGCCAGCAGCAGCUGGGCCGCAUCCUCACCUUCAGCCUAGACAGCAUGCUCCUCUCCAGCGACCCCCAGGUAUACGUCCACUGAUGGGUAGUCAGGCUACACCAGUGUCACACGGGUCUGAUAUGAUGGUUGGAAUGUCAUCUGGUGGACGACUGCCAUAUCCACAAAACACAGCCACCAAUGCAGGUCCAGGUCCACAUCCGGGACCAGCUGGUAAUCGUUGUAUUCGUCCGACAGAACGGCCACAAUUUUUCCAAUCCCCUCAUCAACAUCCUCCUCCUCAGAUGCACCAGCGACCUCCAAUGACUUCUGCAAUGCCUCAUCCCUCCCAUCCAGGACCUUCAAUACCUAGGCAAAGGCCUGUCCAGACACAACAAAAUAUGGCCAUGCCACCACCAAGGUCACAGGUGCCAGGAGUUUCGGCUGCCAUGGGUACAUUACCACCUCGUGCUGGAGACCUGUUGCCUCCUCCAGGGGUCAGAGGGCCAGGAAUUCCUCCGCAAAAUGUUCAACCAAUCAGGGGAUCAGCUCCAUCUCAUCAAGGAAUGAACCGGCCUCAGUCUCUGGUUCAGCAGCCACAGAGACAGCAGGUCCACAUGGGAAAUGUUCCCCCACCAGUCAGACCUCAUCAUGUUCAUCCAUUGAGUGGUCAUCCAACUCGACCACCGCCUUCUUCCAACACACCUCGAGCUCCUGACAGAAUGGCUGCACCUCCAAAUCAGAUACCAACUAUACAGAGGAUGCAACAACAAGGAAACCAAUAUUCAGUUGGUGGUUUCCCUCCUCCUCAGAAUGCUCCAGGAUUAUUCAGACCCGCAGCCUUUACUCCUCCAGGUGCUCCUCCAGGAAUGCACCCAUCACAACACUUCUCCAACACUGCACCUCAUUUCCACCAGCCUCGCAUGCAGCAUAACUUCCCUCCUGGUUACAACCAGGCACCUCCAGCAAAUCCAAUAGCAACAGCACCACCUGUAACCUCUACAAUCACCAAACGACCUUCUGAUGUAAUGGAUUGGUUCACGGAUAAAUUGGCACCAAAGAAGUCGAGUUCAGAUACAGGGGAUUACGGAAAUAAAACUUGGUCAGCAAACAACUUGUUUGACAUAGCCUUCAGUGGUACAAAAACAAACUCUAGACCUGAUCAUUUUUUAGGGAUUAGCAGCCAGUGCAUGUGCACUGGCACCCCAACAACUCAAGGAUCAGAGGAAAAACUCGACAUUGCAGACGGGCAUCAGGUAAUAGAGGGACUGGAAGGAAAGAACAGACAAGAGGUAAUGGACAGAGAAGGAAAGGAUGGACUGGCAGUAGACAAAUCUGAGGAGUUCAUCAGUGAGAAAGGAAAUGAGAAAUAUAAGGAUUUUGAAGGACAGGGUGAGGUCGAUAUGGAAAUCGAGACAAGUAGUGAAGACGGUAAUGAUACCCUUAUUGUCAUAGGUGAAGACAAUGAUAAAGUCAACAAACAUAAUGUAUUUUAUGAUGCUGAUGCUGUCAGCAGGGAUAUUUUAAAGCACAAUGAGGAAAACUAUGAGAGUAGCAAUGAUACCAUUCUUGAAGAUGAAAAACCAUAUGAGAAAAGUGAACUUGACAGAGACAGCAAAAACAACUUUUCAUCUUUGUUAUGUUCAGACAGUGACAGAACUGGAAGCUCGCAGGAAUGUAAACAAACUUUCUCUGAUUCUAUGCCUGUGGCUUUAAAGAACAUGAAACCCUUGUUAGACUUACUGAAUGGGGAUGGGGACAUUUUGAGUGAGACAAGCACACACAACCUGGCGGAGCCGAGCAGACAACCACAUAGGGAACAUCCCAACCUGAUAGAUGAGAAAAAAUUUGUACAAGACACCCAUUCAGAUGAAACAAAUAUAGUAGAGUCAAUGGAGAAAGGUACAGUGCAUGCUGAAGAAAAUUUCAACAUGACUACUACAUUACCUACAAACAAUGAACUUGGCGAUGGACAGAUUCUCCAUGCUUCAGACAGCUCUCGGAUUAGAAAUGACAUUCAAACAUCUGAUACUACAAAGAUAAAUACUAAACUAGAGACUGUAACUAAUAGUAAGGGAAUCCAGCAACAGAAGAUGGAAUCUCCAGGAUCACCGACAAAAAGUGUUUUGAGAUCAGGAGAUCAAUUUGUGCCAUCUGUAUUAUUAAGAAAAGGCCUUUUGAAAGGAGUUGAAGCUGACAAAUUAAAGCAUCCAGUCAUUUCAAAAAAGAGUGCUACAAAGGAGGAGCCAGUGUCCUCCACAUACAGUGUGUUGCGAGGAGCUUCGGAAACCAGCAAAGAAACAACCGACUGUGUUGAAAAUUCACUGAAGAUUAGGUUGACUAUGGAAACACCUAAUUCUUCAACAUUAGACCAUGGAACAGCUGCAGGAACGGUGAAUCUAGUAUCUAGUAUCGAGGCAAAUGAAGACAUAUACACAGAUGAUGAUCUUGGCAAAUCAGCAUCCCGAUCGGCUUCAAAAACUGAAAAGAAAUCUGAUCAAAUGGCUGAUGAUGGAUGUGAUGAUGAUGUCAGCUGUGAAGGAAGUCUAUUGUCAGACACAGAUAUGAUAGAUGCUUUGUUAGAAAAGGGAGUGACAGAAAGUAAAAAAUCUGGACAAAACCUUGAGAAUAUGACAGAUCAUUCAAGGAGAAAACCAUUGGUCAUUAACGAAGCAGAAAAAUCCAUUUCAGAAGCCAAAAAGAUGGAAGACAGUUACGAGAGAAAGCACAGAGCAAAGAGUAUAUAUAAUGCCAAAACAGGAGCAUGGACAACAAAAUCCUCUGAGGAGAGUAAAUCAACGGAAAGUGACACUGAAGAUUACUCUCCCAAAAAAGAAUAUUGGAAGCCACUUAGAAAUCAGGAUGAUUUGGAUUCAAGCUUCGGAAAUAAAAAUGAGAGAGAGUACAGUGCACGUAGAGGAGGAUCAUGGCCGAGUCGAGACAGGCAAUACAUUGACAGCAAGGACACUGAUAGUCAUACCAGUGUAUUCGAUCCAAAGAGCGGUGCAUGGGUUAACCGGAAUUCAGUCACUAGAAAGUCGGAGGAGAGAAUGGAAUCCAGGUGUGAUGCAGUUGUGUACGAUUUCAGAAGAGGUGCAUGGACUACCAGUGAAGAAGUAUCCUCUUAUAAGUCAAAAAAUGUACCUCAUAAAGAUUUGAUAGCAGGUGGAAAAAGAAAUAGGUCUGGAAGUCAUGGGGGUAAUGAUGUCUGUGAUCUAUUGUCUGGUCAACAAAAGAACAAGAGAUCGGUAGGGAAUGCUCAGGAUAAGGAGAAUACAACAUCUGACAAAGUAGCAAACAGUAAUAACCGUGCAGGAAUUGACACAAAAACAGGCUUCUACAAAUCUAGGACUGGAUCAUGGAUCAAACACAUUGUCACUACUGAAAACAAAAAGCAGGAAAACUUGCCUAGUCAAAGUUUCAAGAAUAUAGCUAGCGAGUUUGGGUCCAAUGAUGGAGUGAAGGAAGGAAUGGAAUCCGUAAAUAAGCCCUCACAUCAUAUUGAUGAAAUAGGAUUGAAUAAGGUCACUGCUGCUAAGACAAAAGAUAAUAACACAACUGUUGAAGGAAAGAAGACACAAAGGGAUUUGGUUCUGAGUGACAAGCAACAACAGAACAGUAAUUUUGAAGCUGAGAAGGACACACCGAGUUCUGACAGCAAACUUGACAUUAGUGACACAAAAUUAGAAAAAAAAUCCUUAACUGGUGCUGAAAAAAUGGUCAGUGAUACAAAACCCUCUCAUCAGGAUAAUCAGGGAAAAUUAAGUCCAGAGAAAUCUGCAGCUGGAAACUGCAAUACCGAAAGCAAAACAGGAACAAAAAAAUCUCCACCAAUCAGGAGAAGGAAAACCAGUACAACUUUAAAGACAGGAACUAUCAGUGACCUAUUUUCUGAAACACUCAAAUCAGAAAAAUCAACGGCAUAUCAGCUAACAAGGUCAAGGCCAGGUAGAGGCAGAUCAACAAGUUAUUCCUCUUCAGAAGAAAGCUUGAGAAACAGUCAUAGAACAUGGAAUUACAAAUUUUAUAGAAAACCAUCAUGGAAAAGAUACUCUAGGUCACCAAGUCACUCUAGAAGAUCAAGAUCAAGGAGAAGAUAUUUAAGGUCACGCAGUUUUUCUUCAGAGAGGAGAUCAAGGAGAAGGUAUUCAAGGUCUCCUAGUUAUUCUUCAGAAAGGAGAUCAAGAAGUCGACAUUCAAAGUCACGUCAUUCAUCACGAUCUCGGUCAAGGAAACGCUACUCAAGAUCACGAAGUUAUUCAUCUAGAUCAAGGUCAAGGAGACGAUAUUCAAGGUCACCUAGUUCAUCUGUGUCAAGGUCACGAAAGCGAAAUUCAAGAUCACCAAGUUAUUCAUCUAGGUCAAGGAGACGAUAUUCAAGGUCACCUAGUUCAUCUGUGUCAAGGUCAAGAAAGCGAAAUUCAAGAUCACCUAGUUAUUCUACUAUAUCAUCAUCCUCUGAUAGGACAGCAUUUAGUCCCCGUGGAUCGUGGAGAGGACAUGGACGUUGGAUGCACUCUGAUAGACAUAGAUCUCACUCUAGAAGGUCACGCAGUCGCUAUUCAAGGUCACCUAGCUAUUCAUCAAUUUCAACAGUAUCGGACAUCAGACCUAGUCAGUAUCAAUCACGCAGAAGAUCCAGAAAUCGGUAUUCAAGAUCACCAAGUGUCUCCACUGUAUCAACCAGUUCUUUAAGUGCUAGUCCAAUGACUAAAACUAAAUCUAGCCCAUGGAUGAGUUCUGAUUCUAGUAGACAGCCUAGAUUUUCAAAAUUCACAUCAAGCAGGUUUCCAGAAUCGCAGAAGUCACCAGACACGGUCAAGAAAUUAAAAAUAGACCCAACAGUUAAUUUGGAAUCAAAAUUAAUACCUGACAAUAGCAAACAUAUUGACAGGAAACAGUCCAGUUCUAUUGAUAAGAAUGAAAAAGAUACUCCAUCAUCUAAUGUUGGAACAAGUGAAUCCCCAUAUUCAAGUUCACAGAGUAGUAUUCACAAAGACAGGGACUCUGCUCACGCCUCAAGGAAAGUAGAAAUAGAUUCCAGAAAUAGACAUUUGUUCCGUGACAAACCUCCGUCGGACUAUUCACGAUCCUCAUCCCGUGUUGGAGAUGCUGGGUAUAAUCGUUGUAGAAGUCCUUCACCAAGAAAUGGCAGAAUAUCUGAAGUCACACGGCCAUUAAAACAAGACCCACUUAGCACUCCUCGUGUAUCGUCUCCGUACAGUCCAUCAUCUCCAACAGGAUGUCAAGGGGAGAUGAGUCCAGAUUUCAUCCACAACACAACAGACAGUCUGGGUUCUAGAGACAAUGAACAUCCUAAGCCUACUACAGCUCUAGGCAAGAAUCCAGAUAGAAAUACAUCGAAGAUGUCCUCGGAGUUUACAUCCUCUCAUUCCUUCAGGGACAUUGGUAAAGCUAAAGAGGACUUUCCCAUUAAAUUCCUUUUUAAAGACAAGAUAACAAGAAAAGUAUCUUUGUCACCAGAGAGAAGAUUUGAUAGUGAUUCUCAUUCCAGGCAAUCAGUUAGUGGAAAUCAGCAAGGAAAGGAACAAUAUUCACGGAACUUUUCUCAUGACAGAUACGGAGAUAUCCCUACAAUACAAACACUUACUCCCAGCAGGGCUCAGCAAAGUAUUGACAGAUGUUAUUCAUCGGUGUCUCCAGCAAGAAUAUCCAGGUUGGAGACAAGUGAAACCUUUGUGGGAGAUCGACGACACAUCCAGAAAGCAAAUCCUGAAUCAGGUGUCGGGAGGGAAUCCAUGGUAGUUAACUCUUCCUCUUUGAAAGACCAACUAAAUCAACGUAAAUAUCACAGUAAUGAUUCAGGACAUCCAUUUGUUAGGAAUAUAGAAACUUCUGGUGGUAAAAGGAAAUUUGAGCAAUUUGACAAUUUCUCUUUGGAUUAUUUAUCAAAAACUCAGGAGAAGUUAAGACUGGAGCUGAAGGGUCUGGAUGGCACAGGAUCCAAUUCUCAAUCACCUGAUUUAGACAAGACAAAAGGACAUUUCCAAAAGGCGAAUUCUGUAUCUUCCAAUGAAUUCAGAACUGUAAGUGUUGAGAGAAAGAACCCAUUAGUCAGUUAUGAAUCUCCUCCCAGAGAAGAGGAAAUUAACAGAGGAAAGGUCAAGGUUAUGAAUAUUCCAGAUAGACAUGUAAAGAAGGAGCCUUCACUGUUCAGAGAUUCCUUUAGGAGAGUGUGCCCAAUGGAUGACAAGGACAAACUUCAAAUAGUCCGAGAUGUUUUUGACAGGAGUAUUGACCGAGAGUUGUCAUCAAAGCUAAGGAAAACAACCCCUUCAGUCAAAAGGGGAGAGUUGUAUAGCAAUAGGUCUUCAGAGGAGGAAAAGAGUGAUUUUCAUUCAAAGGAUGAUAUUCACAGAACUGAUGACCAUAAUAUCAGGAAAGAUUAUCAAACCAGAGGUGAUUUAUCUACAGGGAACACUGUUUAUGUGAAAAAUGAUCCAUAUAGGAGUUUUCAAAAUCCACGUCCUAACCAUCCUUACAAGAAGGCUUCCUCAACAAGAAAUGCUGCUGAAGAUUGGUCACAGUCGCUUGGCAACAAGGCAGUACAGGAGCGAUCACCAGGUACAAGGCCAGUACGACCUACACCUUCAAAACCUGGAAACCAAGGCCUUGGUGAAAAUUUUAACGAACUAUUGAGAAAAGAACAAUUAAGACUAGAUCUUGUGAAGAAAAAACCUUCAGACAUUGUUCCUCAGGAAACUAUUAUCUUAAAAGGGGAGAGGACAGUGACAGCUUCAAACCAAGCAGAAUGCAUAGAUAUGUGUUCAUGUUCAACUUCUAUACCGUUCACCAAGAACGAGCUAGCUGAAGAACUAAUGAAAGUGACAAGGUCCGUUGAAAAACUUUGGAAGGAUCCGUUAGAGGAUAUAGAUUCUAUGACUGACAGACUCCCGAAGGAACUGGAGGAAUUCUGUAUUCAGUCUGGUCUCACUCAACUCGAGUUAGAAAACUCCAAGGUCAUUCCACAGGCAAGGUCAGCUAUCAUCCGUCAAGAUAUUCAACAAUUUGAAUCAGAGAUCAAAAUGCGUAUAACACAAUCUAAUUAUUAUGGUGUGUGCAGUCAAAGGGUACCAUCAGAACUUCUUACCAAGCAAGAAGAAAGAAAGUUCUUCUCUGAGGAAGGCAUGUUUCUUAUUUUGUGUAAUCCAAUUCCGUGGAAAACAUAUCAGAAACUUUCAAUUCUGAAGAAAAAACUGGAUGAGUUACAAGAUAAGAUAGACUUUGAAACAAAAAAUGGCAUGUCAUCCCUUGUGAGAAGCCUUACCACUGAGAAACAGCUUGCUCGUGAUGAAAGGAAACGUCAGUUGUUUACAUUCACUGGAUGCCUCACAAAGAAAAGACUAAACAAGAUGCGGGUUAAAGAGAGAUAUUACUUGCGCUGUUACAACUAUUUCCGGAAAGAAUACGGGGAGGCAGCAGAUGACAUGUUUCCUUAUCUGAGAAUGUGUAUGGAGGACUCAGCCAAUCACAUCGCUAUUAUGACCAAACUAAGGUCCGAGGAUAAAGAUGAGGCAGCCAUUGUGGAAGAAGAAAAGAAAAAGGAGAGAGAAAAGAUUCAGCGCCAGAGAGUUUUACAGGGCUUGAUGAUGGACAUUCGGACAGUCGACUCGAAGCUGUCUGACAUGUAUUUCAGCUGUGAUAUCACGGAGCACUUCCCAUCUUGUGUCAAAGGUGUUGUGCAGCAUGUUCACCAAAGGGUCAAUUCGGUGGCUGAGUUCUUGUCUGAGGAACUCAUGUCUGACGAGCCUAAUUCAGGUGCUGUCGGGAGACUGAGAGCUACCCACAAGUUCUGUCUCAAAGCUUUUGAGUUUGUUAAGAAAAACAUAGCUGAAGCAAACAAUCCUUGUUCUGUUGACAAAUUAUCUGGACAGAAGGUAAAGGACAUGGAAAGCAGUAAUUUGGAAAACAGAGAUGAAACAGAGAAAUUGGAUCAUGUUGAUGAGAGGGAAACACGGAUUGUUAACAAUAUGGAAAGGAAAAAGGAUGAAAAUGAAAUGAACACUAAUGAUGAGACGAGCAGAAAAAUGGACGAUAGUGUAAUAAGCAACAGUGUGUCUUGGAAAAGUGAGUGUUGUGAAGGAAAAAAUUACAAUAUGGAAAGGGAAGAUGAGAGUGGUGUAAGGUUUGAUUUUGGGAAGAAAAUUGAUUAUUUUGAUGUUUACAAAUCUGACAGAGAAAGUGAAGAUGAGAUGGAGAAUGAUGACUAUUUAUGUAAAAAUAAUUUAAAAAGUGACAAUUCAGAAAUUGACAGUGGGAUUGUGGAAUUUAAAAAAGAUGAGUUAAAAGAAGAAAUUGUUAAUAUGGAGAGGGAGAGAGAUGAAGCAAACGUAGAAAGAAGCUACUUAAAAAUAGAUUCAAUUCUUGAUGGUGGAGAAAAUGAUGUACCAGAGAGAGAAAACGAUUGUUCUGAGAGAGAAAUAAACAAUGUAGUUGAAAUAUAUAAUGAUGAACAGGUAACAAGUCCAAUUAAACCAGAAGGGAGUGAACCCGAUUCCUUAGAUCAAGAGAGGAAGGAUGACAAUGUGAGGGAAGAGGAUAGUCACCUGGUACAAACUGAUGGUGGUACGGAGAGUCAUAGUGACUAUACAGUCGCGAGAAAUGAGGAUGUUGUGAGGGAUAAAUUGUAGAUAUUGUCACAGUGACUUCCCAAUCUAAAGUGAUACUGAUUUAAAACAAAGAAUGCUCUGAGAGAUAAAUUGUAGAUAUUGUCACAGUGACUUCCCAAUCUGAAGUGAUACUGAUUUAGAACAAAGAAUGUUCUGAGAGAUAAAUUGUAGAUAUUGUCACAGUGACUUCCAAUCUGAAGUGAUACUGAUUUAGAACAAAGAAUGUUCUGAGAGAUACAUUGUAGGUAUUGUCACAGUGACUACCCAAUCUGAAGUGAUACAGAUUUAGAACAAAGAAUGUUCUGAGAGAUAAAUUGUAGGUAUUGUCACAGUGACUACCCAAUCUGAAGUGAUACAGAUUUGGAACAAAGAAUGUUCUGAGAGAUACAUUGUAGGUAUUGUCACAGUGACUACCCAAUCUGAAGUGAUACAGAUUUAGAACAAAGAAUGUUCUGAGAGAUAAAUUGUAGAUAUUGUCACAGUGACUUCCCAAUCUGAAGUGAUACAGAUUUGGAACAAAGAAUGUUCUGAGAGAUAAAUUGUAGAUAUUGUCACAGUGACUUCCCAAUCUGAAGUGAUACAGAUUUGGAACAAAGAAUGUUCUGAGAGAUAAAUUGUAGGUAUUGUCACAGUGACUACCCAAUCUGAAGUGAUACAGAUUUAGAACAAAGAAUGUUCUGAGAGAUACAUUGUAGGUAUUGUCACAGUGACUACCCAAUCUGAAGUGAUACAGAUUUGGAACAAAGAAUGUUCUGAGAGAUAAAUUGUAGGUAUUGUCACAGUGACUACCCAAUCUGAAGUGAUACAGAUUUGGAACAAAGAAUGUUCUGAGAGAUACAUUGUAGGUAUUGUCACAGUGACUACCCAAUCUGAAGUGAUACAGAUUUAGAACAAAGAAUGUUCUGAGAGAUACAUUGUAGGUAUUGUCACAGUGACUACCCAGUGGGAAGAACAUGAUGAUUUAGAACAGAGAAUUAUCUGAGAGAUACGUUAUAGGUAUUGAAAAUAAUACAUUUAUAUUACAUCAUAGUUUAUACCAAAGGUCAAGGUCAAAAGCUUUCAGUAUACUGAUAAUACUUUAUUACACUGUAUAAGUCAGUAUUAUAUUAACAAGCCUUUUACAUCACCCUCUAUGGCCGCUACAAUAGACCAAAAGUUUUUUCACAGCUACUGUUAGUAGUGUUGUAUAUAACAAAACUGCUGUAGAUCAGAUUUGUUUGAAGUGUGAAGGAUGCACGCCUAGUAUCAGUGAAUGUAAUAGAACAUGUUUUUGAUUUCUCACACGGCAAAGACACCGACAAAUAUUUAGUUACAUUACUAAGCGAUCAACAUUCUGAAGAUAUGUUCCUGCUGUUAAAAGUUUCACAAUAUUUCCCUGGAAAGAUCAAGGAUAUUGAAGUUACAGAUGUUAAAUGAAACUGGAGGAAAUAUGAUUGUGGUAUAUUUGUAAUUACCGGUAUGAUUGUGGGGUAUUUGUUAAUAUACUGGGCAAUAUAUAAGGAAUCAAUUUUUUGUGUUUACUCCAUCUCACCACACAGAUUUCCCAGUAUUAGGUGACAACCUCUGUGUUUACUCCAUCUCAACACACAGUUUUCCCAGUAUUAGGUGACAACCUGUGUGUUUACUCCAUCUCACCACACAGAUUUCCCAGUAUUAGGUGACAACCUCUGUGUUUACUCCAUCUCAACACACAGUUUUCCCAGUAUUAGGUGACAACCUCUGUGUUUACUCCAUCUCAACACACAGUUUUCCCAGUAUUAGGUGAUAACCUCUGUGUUUACUCCAUCUCAACACACAGUUUUCCCAGUAUUAGGUGACAACCUCUGUGCUUACUCCAUCUCAACACACAGUUUUCCCAGUAUUAGGUGACAACCUGUGUGUUUACUCCAUCUCAACACACAGUUUUCCCAGUAUUAGGUGACAACCUCUGUGUUUACUCCAUCUCAACACACAGUUUUCCCAGUAUUAGGUGACAACCUCUGUGCUUACUCCAUCUCAACACACAGUUUUCCCAGUAUUAGGUGACAACCUCUGUGUUUACUCCAUCUCAACACACAGUUUUCCCAGUAUUAGGUGACAACCUGUGUGUUUACUCCAUCUCAACACACAGUUUUCCCAGUAUUAGGUGACAACCUCUGUGCUUACUCCAUCUCAACACACAGUUUUCCCAGUAUUAGGUGACAACCUCUGUGUUUACUCCAUCUCAACACACAGUUUUCCCAGUAUUAGGUGACAACCUGUGAGUUUACUCCAUCUCAACACCCAGUUUUCCCAGUAUUAGGUGACAACCUCUGUGCUUACUCCAUCUCAACACACAGUUUUCCCAGUAUUAGGUGACAACCUGUGUGUUUACUCCAUCUCAACACACAGUUUUCCCAGUAUUAGGUGACAACCUGUGUGUUUACUCCAUCUCAACACACAGUUUUCCCAGUAUUAGGUGACAACCUGUGUGUUUACAGUGUCAGGUGACAACCUGUGUGUUUACAGUGUCAGGUGACAACCUGUGUGUUUACAGUGUCAGGUGACAACCUGUGUGUUUACUCCAUCUCAACACACAGUUUUCCCAGUAUUAGGUGACAACCUGUGUGUUUACUCCAUCUCAACACACAGUUUUCCCAGUAUUAGGUGACAACCUGUGUGUUUACAGUGUCAGGUGACAACCUGUGUGUUUACAGUGUCAGGUGACAACCUGUGUGUUUACAGUGUCAGGUGACAACCUGUGUGUUUACAGUGUCAGGUGACAACCUGUGUGUUUACAGUAUUAGGUGACAACCUGUGUGUUUACUCCAUCUCAACACACAGUUUUCCCAGUAUUAGGUGACAACCUGUGUGUUUACAGUGUCAGGUGACAACCUGUGUGUUUACUCCAUCUCAACACAGUUUUUCCCAGUAUUAAUUUUAUGAACAAAUCAUUUCCAGUUCCAGCUUUUGAGAACAAAUAGACUAUUUGUGAAGUGUGGCUGAUGUAUACUAUCUUGUCUCGUUAGGACCUUUCAGUAUUGCGAUGUAUUCAGUAUUUGAGGUAUGGUAUUUACAAAUUUACUUUAAUAAACAAACAAAUUUAUAUCUAGGGUGCUGGCACACGAAGCAUAGACUUUGUAUUUUGUAAAUGAAGAAACCCUGCAGAUGUACAUAAUUUAUUUGGAUGUACAUGUAUUUAAAGUUUUUAACAUUAAAUUUAAUGUAAUGAUAUGGGAUGAAUUGGUACACCCACAAUUUAUAUGAUAGAAAACCUCUGUACAAAUACUGCCCAUAUCAGAACCGUAAUUCUUAGGGAAGUUAAGGUUAGUGUUAAAAUAUCUAUAAUCACUUAAGGGUCAGUUAAUGUGGUUAUUCUCUCAAGAGUUUUAUAAAAAUCAAGACUUUGCAUUGAUGAUAUAUGUGUUGUAGAAUUUUCAGAACAUAGUAUUAACUGGUAUUGUGGAUGCAAUUAAGUAAA